AUGGCUGUCGAGCUCAAGAACAAGGGCAAUAAGGCCUUCACGUCAGGCGAUUACAUUGGCGCCGUUGACUUCUAUAGUCAGGCUAUCAACCUGAACGACAAAGAGCCUACUUUCUUUACCAACCGAGCUCAGGCACAUAUCAAGACCGAGGCGUAUGGUUAUGCUAUUGCCGAUGCUGGAAAGGCUAUCGAGCUCAACCCCAAACUUGUCAAGGCAUACUACCGAAGAGGUCUAGCCAAGACUGCGAUUCUACGACCCAAGGAUGCCAUUGACGACUUCAAGACAUGUGUCUCCCUCGACCCCAGCAACAAGGAUGCUCGACUCAAGCUGGAAGAGUGCAAAAAGAUUGUUCGACAGAUGGCUUUCUUUGAUGCGAUCGAGGUCGGCGAUGAACCCUCCGCGGCUGAAGGUCUCGAUCUGGACUCUAUGGCUGUUGAGCCAGGAUACGAUGGUGUACGGCUUGGCAAGGAGAUGACACAAGAGUUCAUUGACGACAUGAUGGAACGAUUCAAGACCGGCAAGAAGAUUCACCGAAAAUACGUCUACCAGAUCGUCCUUGCCGUCAAGCAGAUUGUAUAUGAUGAACCCACCAUGGUCGAGGUUGAGAUCCCUAGUGAUGUCAAGCUUACUGUCUGUGGUGACACUCACGGUCAAUACUUCGAUCUCAUGGAGCUGUUCCGCCGUAACGGUGUCCCUGAUGAGAAGCACUGGUAUCUUUUCAACGGUGACUUCGUUGACCGAGGUUCUUGGUCGACUGAGAUCGCUCUGCUCCUGUAUGCUUACAAGUGGCUGCGACCUAAGCAGUUCUUCCUGAACCGUGGAAACCACGAGACUGAUGACAUGAACCGAGUUUAUGGUUUCGAGGGCGAAUGCAAGGCCAAGUACAACGAGAGAACCUUCAAGCUGUUCUCCGAGAGUUUCUCUGCUCUGGCACUGGCCACUCUUAUUGGCAAGAAGUACCUUGUCCUUCACGGAGGUCUUUUCUCCGAUGAUAGCGUCACUCUUGACGACAUCCGAAAACUGAACCGACAUAACCAGCGACAACCCGGUCAGGCUGGUCUGAUGAUGGAGAUGCUCUGGACCGACCCCCAGGAGGAGGAGGGCCGAGGACCCAGCAAGCGUGGUGUCGGUAUGCAGUUCGGUCCUGAUAUCACCAAGAGGUUCUGUGAGAAGAACGGCCUUGAGGCUGUUAUUCGAAGUCACGAGGUUCGCAUGGACGGUUAUGAAGUCCAGCACGAUGGCCGUUGUAUUACGGUCUUCUCUGCCCCUCGAUACUGUGACUCGACAGAGAACAAGGGUGCUUACAUCAACAUCGGCCCCGACUACAAGCUGCAGUACGAGCAAUUCGAGGCUGUGCCCCAUCCCGAUAUCAAGCCCAUGGCAUAUGCGCAGAGCUCUCUCAUGUCUUCUCUGAUGUAA